AUGGGUCGCGAACUCCAAAAGAAGAAGAACAAGUCCUCCAUCCCAAAGCUGCGCCACAAGCAGCCCUCCAAGAAGAAGAUUCUGCAGAACCCCAUCAUCGCGAAGAACUGGAACCAGAAAGAAACCCUCUCACAAAACUACGCUCGUCUUGGUCUCACCGCGCGCCUCAAUCACGCCACAGGUGGCACUGAAAAGACCAUCCGCACCCUCGGCCUCAACGACUCCAAGUCCUCGCGCGCCGAUGCCGCUGCCGGCAGUACCGCAGAUACGCUCAACAUCGUGAGCGCAAAGCCCCAAAUCACUGAAAUCGAAGAACUCGAGGUAGAACGCGACCCCGAAACGGGCGCCAUCCUGCGCGUGAAAGGCGAGAACAAAGUCGAUAACCCGCUCAAUGACCCGCUGAAUGAAGUACUGGGGGAGGGCGGAGAAAUGGAAGAGUGGAACGGCUUUGCGAUGGUUCCGUCAGAGAGGAGCGACAACCCUGUAAUCAGACAGCUUGAAGAUGCCGCCCGCAACGGUGCGCGGAAAGCGCCAAGGAGUCAGAGCCAAAGGGAAGUAGAGUGGUUAGAGCGGUUAGUGGCGAAACACGGCGAUGAUUAUGCCAAGAUGAGCCGGGAUAAGAAGCUCAAUCCGAUGCAGCAGACGGCAGCGGACAUCAAAAAGCGUGUGACGAAGUUGAACGAUUCCAAGGGCAAGGAGCGCAAGGUAUGGACAUGA